AUGGAAUUUUUGAGCUCUUGCUUGGUGGCCGUCCGGUCGCCGCCGCGCUCCGAGACCUCCGCGUCUCCCGGCACGUACGGAGGGAUCGGCGGGUGGGCGCCCCCCAGCAGCCUGGGCCGGAGGCUGGAACACAUCCCCAUGGUGGCGGCCAAAGGUUCCCACGUCCCCCGGGCCGGACACGCGACUCGCACGCACACCCGGCUAGAUUCAAGCUGUUGUCGUGUCCGUUGUGACCUUUUCAAUCCCUUUUUAGCGGUGCCACUUUCUGUUUGUAAUGACUGCUGCUUGCCUGGUUAUCGGAAGAAAAAGAAGGAAGGAGAGAAAUUUUGCUGCUAUGAUUGUAUUGCGUGCCCAGAAGGACAGAUUUCAAGGCAAAGGGAUUUGGAUGACUGCACCCAGUGCCCCGAAGAUCAGUAUCCAAACAAGGGCCACGACAGUUGUAUUCCCAAAGUGAUAACCUUUUUGUCCGUUGAAGAACCUUUGGGGAUCAGUUUAGCUACUAUUGCAGUCUCUUUUUCUCUGUUCACUUUCUUGGUGCUUGGGACUUUUAUUAAGCACAGAGAUAGCCCCAUUGUCAAAGCCAACAAUCGAGAUAUCACUUACGGACUCCUGAUCUCUCUCCUGCUCUGCUUCCUCUGUCCCUUGAUCUUUCUUGGGAGACCAAGAAUGGUGACCUGCUUUCUCCAACAAUCAGCUUUUGGCAUCGUCUUCACAGUGGCUGUUUCUUGCAUCUUGGCCAAAACUGUCACUGUAGUUGUAGCUUUCAUGGCCACCAAACCAGGGUCCAAGAUGAGGAAAUGGUUGGGGAAAAGACUGGCAUAUAGCAUUGUUCUUUCCUGCUCCAUUAUCCAAAUGUGUAUUUGUACAGUGUGGCUAGGAACGACUCCCCCUUUCCCAGAUUUCGAUACCAAGUCAACAACUGAAGAGAUUAUAGUACAAUGUAAUGAGGGAUCUCUUAUCAUGUUUUAUAUUGUUCUUAGUUACAUGGGCCUUCUGUCCAUCGUGAGCUUCAUUGUGGCUUUCCUAGCCAGGAAGUUGCCAGACAGUUUUAAUGAAGCCAGGUUUAUCACUUUCAGCAUGUUGAUGUUUUGUAGUGUUUGGGUGUCUUUUGUUCCAGCCUUUCUAAGCACUAAAGGGAAAUACAUGGUUGCUGUCGAGAUCUUCUCCAUCUUGACAUCCAGUUCUGGAUUACUGGUCUGUAUCUUUUUUCCUAAAUGCUACAUUAUUCUUCUGAGGCCAGAGUUAAACAACAGGGGACAACUAUUGAGAAAGAAUUAA